AUGUUUACAUGCAUAGCGUGUACGAAGCAAACGGCGGAGGAGGUGGAAGAAGGUGGUGAGAGUGGCACGUCGAGUACAAAAGAAGUUGUCAAAAGCCUGAGUGCGCAGUGUGGUGCGUUUUGGGCACUUUUGUUGCUGUUGACGGAUGGUCCACUUCCUUCCACGUUGAAGGAUAUGGUACUGAAGUUUUCAAGUUCUUACAAGCAGUGCAAACCUUGCACAGGGUCCAGUACCUACAAGAAAGGACAGAGGCCAUAUCCUGACUUUGACACCAUUUCAGAAGGGGUUCCAUACCCUUAUAUUGGAGGAGCAAGCUCAACUUCUAACCCUGCUUGGGACUUCACAAGCUCCUAUUUCCCUGGUCAUAGAUCAGACCAAAGAUUUCUGGGGGGAUUGAGUGGUGAUAGGUCCUCUAGAGGACCAGAGUCAAUACCAGUCUGUGAUGUAGUUGUUGAGGAAGAGGAUGAAACCAAGGAGUGGAUGGCACAGGUGGAACCUGGGGUUCACAUUACCUUUGUGUCUCUUCCUAAUGGGGGAAAUGAUCUCAAAAGAAUUCGCUUCAGCCGAGAGAUUUUUGACAAGUGGCAAGCUCAAAAAUGGUGGGGUGAGAAUUAUGACAGAAUCAUGGAACUUUACAACGUCCAGAGAUUCAAUCGACAAGCUCUUAACACUCCUUCCAGAUCUGAGGAUGAGCAAAGAGACUCUUCUUACUCAAGACUGACAUGUGGACAAGAAAGCCCCGGGUCGAUGUCGUUAAAGGAAUGGACACCAAGGAAUCACUAUAAACCCUCAGGGAAUAACCCCUCUGAAGCUAUGGAUCAAGGUGGUGGUCAAAACUUCCAUGCCGGGUCAUCUGUGGAUGCAUCAAGGACAACCACCUCUUCUAGAGAUGAGCCUUCAAUGAGCAAUGCUAGUGACCUGGAGGCAGAAUGGAUAGAGCAAGAUGAACCAGGAGUGUACAUUACGAUCAGGCAAUUAGCUGAUGGAACUAAGGAGCUUCGUCGUGUCAGAUUCAGCCGGGAGAGAUUUGGGGAGGGGCAUGCAAAGAAAUGGUGGGAAGACAACAGAGAAAGAAUACAAGCUCAAUAUCUUUGA